GUAACAAGAAAAUGUCGACAACAGCAGUAGGUGCAGGUGGAGGUUUCGCCACAAGAAUCAAAACUAUCCCACCUCCUCAGAAAACCCCAUUUCAAGGAGUAUCCAUUCAAGAUGCCAAAAGAAAUUGUUUCACCCAAAAGACCAGUAGCCUGGCUAUCAGAAAAAGUGGAGGAGGAGGAGGAGGAGGGUUAGCCAUAAUCAAAGCAAGAAAAACUGCUGGGACUUCAAAGCAGAUUGAGGUUGAAGUAGAUAAGCCUUUAGGACUCACUUUGGGUCCUAAACCUGGUGAAGGUGGUGGUGUUGUAAUCACUGCAGUGGAUGGAGGUGGUAAUGCUGCAAAGGCUGGUUUGAAGACAGGGGAUCAAGUCAUAUACACAAGCAGCUUCUUUGGGGAUGAACUUUGGCCAGCUGACAAGCUUGGCUUUACCAAAACAGCCAUCCAGGCUAAGCCUGAUUCUGUUUAUUUUGUUGUUAACAGGGGGGCUUUCAUUGACGUCAAACGACUACCAAAACGACCUGCUCCUCCUCGUUUUGGACGCAAAUUAACCGACACUCAAAAGGCUCGAGCAACUCAUAUUUGUCUCGACUGUGGAUUCAUUUAUACGCUGUCAAAGCCUUUCGAGGAGCAGCCGGAUGAGUACUUGUGCCCCCAGUGUAGAGCACCGAAGAAGAGGUUCACGGGGUAUGAUCCAGAGACCGGAAAACCUAUCGGUGGAACAUUGCCUCCGAUCGGUGUCAUCAUUGGACUUGUAGCUGGUCUUGCUGGUGUUGGGGCAUUGCUUGUUUAUGGUCUUCAGUGACCAAAAUCCCAACAUUCAUUCUUCAAUAAUAUAUAUGUUUGUUUCAUUAUACUUUUUGGUCACCUCAGUUAAUUAUGGUAUCGAUCAUCGGUUUUGACAUAACGC